AAAUGACAAAAAAUGAAAAGAUGGAGUGGGCUAUAAAACAGAACGCAAGCUUGCGUUUAUUUACUUAUUAUGUCACCAACAAAACAGAACAAAUAACACCUUACCUCCUCUGCUCUUUCUCUCUCCAACUCAAUACACUAGUCUUUCAGCUUCAAUUCUUCUCAGUUGGUGAUAUAACCAUGGCUGAUAAUACUGGUACAUUACAUCUCCCUGCUGCUGAGACCAACAAAUGGAAGAUACCACUUUCUGUAUUCUUUAAAGAUGCAAGGAGUGUGUUCAAGAUGGAUUCAUUGGGUUUGGAAAUAUUAAGGAUUGCAAUUCCUGCUGCUUUGGCUUUAGCCGCUGAUCCUGUUGCCUCUCUCAUUGACACCGUCUUUAUUGGCCACAUUGGCGCUGUGGAGCUUGCAGCUGUUGGAGUUUCAAUAGCUAUAUUCAACCAAGCUUCAAAAAUUACUAUUUAUCCACUUGUCAGCAUUACAACUUCUUUUGUUGCUGAGGAAGAGACAGUGAGCAAAAUGAGUGCAGAAGUCAAAGACGCUGAAAAUCAAAAGGAGGCUCUUGCUGAGGCUGGUGACUCUAAGGAGAUGAUGCCCCAAGAUGAUGCACUUGGGAAACUAGAGGAGGGUACUGCUACAAAUAUCAGCAAAGAUGACCAUCUUUCCGGAGAAGAUUACCCGGGAGUAACUCAAAAAACCAAGAAAGUCUCGAUCAGUAGUCCUGAGAAGAUUAUUGAAGUAGUAGGCAAGCGGCACAUCCCAUCAGCUUCUACUGCAAUUGUUCUAGGAUUGUUCCUUGGUCUAUGUCAAACCAUAUUCCUUGUCUUUGGAGCUAAAAUGCUUUUAGGAGUCAUGGGUAUAAAACAUGAUUCCCCAAUGCUAAAACCAGCUCUUAAGUACUUAACAUUAAGAUCCUUUGGUGCUCCUGCUGUGCUUCUUUCAUUAGCAAUGCAAGGUGUUUUUCGAGGGUUUAAAGAUACGACAACUCCCCUUUAUGCUACUGUUGCAGCAGAUGGUGCAAAUAUCAUACUGGAUGCAGUUCUCAUCUUUGCAUGCCGCUUGGGUGUCAGUGGUGCAGCCAUUGCUCAUGUGCUUUCACAGUACCUAAUGUCAUUUAUACUCUUAUGGAGGUUGACGAGGGAAGUUCAUUUGUUGCCUCCUAGUUUAAAAGCUCUGCAACUAGGUCGAUUUCUCAAAAACGGUUUAUAUUUGUUCACGAGGGUCAUAGCCGUCACUUUCUGUGUCACCUUGGCCGCAUCUCUGGCUGCAAGGCUAGGUGCGACUCCGAUGGCUGCAUUUCAGAUUUGCUUACAAGUAUGGUUGGCUUCAUCACUUUUGGCUGAUGGUUUAGCAGUAGCUGGUCAGGCAAUCUUGGCUAGUGCAUUUGCUGAGAAGGAUUACGAGAAGGCAACUGCUGCUGCUGCUAGGGUAUUACAGAUGAGCUUUGUUCUUGGGUUGGGAUUGGCUGUGGUUGUUGGACUCGGUUUGCAGUUUGGAGAUGGUAUCUUUACAUCCGACAAGAGAGUUCUUCAUCUCAUCAGCAUUGGUGUGCCGUUUGUUGCAGCCACACAGCCAAUAAAUUCCUUAUCAUUUGUAUUUGAUGGUGUGAACUUCGGGGCAUCAGAUUUUGCAUAUUCUGCAUACUCCAUGGUUUUGGUCGCUAUCGCAAGCGUUGGAUCACUAUUUCUGCUAUACAACAGCUAUGGAUUUGUAGGAAUCUGGAGUGCAUUGACUAUCUACAUGGGUCUACGUACAUUUGCUGGAAUUUGGAGGAUGGGAACUGGAACAGGACCGUGGCGCUUUCUAAGAAGUGGAUCUUAUUUUUGAUGACUCGGUCUCCUUUCAAUAAUGGCAGUCGUAUCUCCGAGCAACCAACGUGCUCACUAGUCAUUACAAUUACCAAAAUUAUCAUCAUUCAUCUUUCUUGACAGUACAAGUUACGCUCUCUGCACAUUUUUUGGAGACGUAGAGAGCUGAAUAUAUAUAGCUCACCUCGCCUACCCUAUCCUAUCCCAUUAUAUCCCUGCUUCAGGGAUCCCUCUCGAAUUAGUGCCGUUAGUUGUAGUAAUACAAUAAUUCAUCAAAACAUAAAAGUGGAUAGCACAAGUGCGCAGCGUGUAAUUGUAUCUUUGAUUAAUGAAAGUGUGAUGCAAUUUUUCUGGUUUGCUUUAUGAUUUACAAAA